AUAAAAAAAAAAAGGCUAUGCGAAGACUCACAAGUAAAAGGUCGUCCACUACUAAAUAGUAAAUACUAAUAUCCAAAAUAUUCCAUAUGCACCUUUACGCAAACAAAAAGAAUACCAACCUUUUGAAAAACAAAGAAUCGACCAAAGAAGUUGUGCAUUUCUUGGGAUCUGGAAAAUCAUGGCAGCAGCUCUAAUAGGCGGAGCUGCCGUGGGAGCAGUGUUCGGAGAACUGCUGAAGGCGGUUUUGGAAAUGAAGGACAAGACCAUCAUGUUCAAGCCAACCUUGGCCUACCUCCAAACCACCUUAGAAUCAUUAAAACCUCUCAUGAAAGAGAUAGAACAACACAACAACAAACUCUGUCGUCCAAAGGCAGAACUAGAAUCUCUGAUUCGAGACAUGGAAGAUGGCACAAAGCUUGUUUACAAGUGCUCAAAGAUACACAAGUUGAAUUUGCCUGCAAAGAUCUAUUGCCAGAAGCAAUUGGAAGAACUAGAACGGUGUCUCAGCAGGUUCUUUAGCAUUGAUAUGCAAGCUCAGAUUUUAAGAGAUUUGAAAGAGACGUUGCUCGAGGUUCGUAGAAUAAAGAAUGCUAUUAAAAACCUGCCCCUUACAACACCAACGGAUUCAUCUUCAGAUCUCUUGGAUAUAAAUUCUGCUGAGGAAAUUGUUGAGUUGGGGAUUUGUGAGUCAAUUUUAACUGAAUAUACUAGUAGGACUAUUUCUGCUGACCAAAUCUUAGAAGAAGAUAGCCAGAUUCAGGUAGAAGGGGAUUCUGAAACUAGUUCGGUCUACCUCAUCAAUUUAGAACUAUUGGCUGCUAAGAAUCUCGUUGGAGUUAACUUUAAUGGAACAUCUGAUCCGUAUGCAAUCAUUACAUGUGGCAGUGAAGGGCAGUUCAGUUCCAUGGUCUCUGGUUCAAGAAAUCCUAUGUGGGGCGAGGAGUUCAAUUUUUAUGCUCGUGAACUUCCUGUUCAGAUGAAUGUCACAAUAUAUGAUUGGGAGAAAAUUAGGAAAAGUGUUGUUCUUGGUUCAGUGACUGUUCCAGUUGAUAGUGAAGGUCAAACUAGUGCAUUGUGGUACCUUUUGGAUGGCCCAUCAGGGCAGGUUUGUCUUCAUAUAGAAACAAGAAAACUAUCUGCAAAUUCUUCCAGAGUUAAUACACAGAGAAGGAUAAUGCCUUUGGAAAAACCAGGCCCCACUGUUGUUGAUCAGAAGCCAGGGCCUCUUCAAACAAUAUUUGAUCUUCUUCCAAAUGAGGUUAUUGAUCAUAGUUAUUCUUGUGCACUUGUGGGAUCAUUAUUGUAUCAUGGUCGUAUGUAUGUUUCUGCAUGGCACAUUUGCUUCCAUUCCAAUGUGUUAAAGGAAUUAAAGGUGGUUAUUCCAUUUGAAGAUAUUGAUGAGAUUCAAAGGAUUCAACAUGUGUUUAUAAAUCCUGGUGUUGAAAUUAUUCUCCGCAAGGGUUCCGGUGGACAUGGUGUUCCUCCCUUGCGAAGUCUAGAUGGUAGACUGAGGUAUAAGUUUACAUCAUUUUGGAACAGAAAUGAUGCAUUUAAAAAUCUGCAACAUGCAGCAAAGAAGAAGAAUAUAGAGUCUGAGCUGCAAGCACAUAGCAGUUCUAUUGCAGGACAUAAGAUACUGGAUAAAGCUACUGAAGAAAGCAUGCCAGAAACAGGAAAACUUAAACCUUUUAUCAAAGAAGAGGUUUUAGUUGGUAUAUACAAUGAUGUUUUUCCCUCCACAGCUGAGCAUUUUUUAAACUUGUUACUAAAUGAUGGUUCACAAUUUACUAGCAAUUACCAUGAAGUACGAAAGGAUGAUAAUCUUGAGAUAGGACAAUGGCAUUGCGGAGAUGAAUUUGAUGGUCAACUUCGAGAAAUAACCUUUAGGUCCCUCUGUAACAACCCUAUGUGCCCUCCAGACACGGCCAUGACAGAAUGGCAACAUGUUGUUCUAACACCAGACAAGAAAAAAUUGGUGUUUGGGAUUGUACAUCAGGCUCAUGAUGUUCCAUUUGGGUCUUUCUUUGAGGUACACUGUAAAUAUAGUUUGGUAACAACGGAUGAAAGUUCAUGUACCCUCCACAUAGAAGCGGGUGUGUAUUUUAAGAAAUGGUGUGUGAUGCAAUCAAAAAUAAAAUGGAUGGCACACAACGAGUACAAGCAAGCAGUUGCGGUGAUGUUGGAUGUUGCUCAUUCUUACAUAGAUCUGCAUAAUACUAGAGAUUAUGAGAUUGACAAGGCCUUUUCGUCUAAAGUGGUUGCUCGUUCUUGCAUAAAGCUGCAUACUACUAGAGAUUAUGAUACUGACAAGGCUGCUUCGACUAAAGUGAUGGAAGAGGAAUGCUUUGUUCCUCAAGAAGGAAGAAGAUCUGUACUUAGUAUGGUGGUCUCUGCCCUUUACUUUAUCUUUAAUCCCUUUCUCUCUUAUAUUUUCAAAAUCAAAGGUGACAAGGUGCGAGAGAGGGAGUAAGAAAACACUUCCUUCACCUAAAAUCUAAGAUUUAUGGCAACAUCAAUUGGGAUUUGAUUCAUUUGUGUAUAAUAUUGUAAGUUUGUUACUUCUCUUGUGUUCUUCAUUCUUAUAAUAUGCAGAUGAUAUGUGGGUAG